AUGGAGUGUGCUGGAAGGGCUCUGGCAUUCUGGACCUACCAAACUGCACAAGAAAUGUACGCUGUUGUUGGACUGGGUAUGAUCUAUGCUAUUCACGGUACUUACCACCAGCGCAGCUUUUACCAGGAGUACCUCGGGAAGAACCUGACGGACAAGUACACGGCAUUAAACAAGCAAAUGGACAAAGUCAUCCACGACGCCAACUCUGAAAUGUCGAGUCUUCAUCAACGAAUUGCAGAUCUGAAAAUGAAUCAAGAACAAUUGCAAAAGAAAAAUCAAGAACUGGUGGAAUUAUACCGCGAUAAAAGCAAAAAACACACGCAGAUCACAAACUUAUAUAAUAUACUGAAGAGUCGAACUAUGAGGUCGCAGCUUCAGACUGCAGUUUCCGAUACAGUCGCUCACACACUGCAGAAUCUUGGGACGUCAGGCACUCAUACAUCCAAUGGCUUCGAGCCGAAUUCGCACCUCACUUUGUCAAAUUCGAGACCUGUACAAUAUGGUGAAGCUUGUUUGGGCUCCAAUAACAAUACUGUUGAUCAGUUGCAUCGUCGCCAAAGAAGUGGAAGCUCCAACAAUCAAAUCAGUAAUACAAUGAUGCCGCCACCAAGUGGAAUGCCAUCUUCUUUUCGUCAAUCUAAUGUUCCACAAACGACUUCUCAUCGCACGCAGAUACCCCCUCCCUCCCGGGCAAUGAAUACGGCCGAAGCCAGGCAACAUCAGAGCCAGCGAAAUUUUGUUUCUCCUAAUCGAUUAUUCAAUCUGUCACAUCGCUCCCCCAAUAAUUCUGAUCCAACGAGAGGGCUUCAUACCAGCCCAAACAACUACGGACUGAGUGCCGGGGUUAAGAUAGGUCGUCCUGUUGAUCCUACAACUGUAAACACGGACAUACCAGGGGGGAUGUUUAGCAGGCCAAUUCUUUAA